UGAGACCCACAGAGAUCCCCUCCCAGUCAGAAAAAAACAUUUACAACGUUUUAAAAUUAGUUUUCUGUUUUUUCCUAACAUUUUUACUAAUGUUCUGAUUCUCCCAGCAUUUUUUUUUAUUAAUGUUCCAAUUCUUCUAACAAUUUUAUUCAUUUUCUAACUUUUCUAACAUUUUGUUAAUGUGCUGUUUUUUAACAUUUUAUUGAUUUUCUAAUCUUUUCAAACAUCAUCAAUUUUCUUUUGAUGGUAUUGUUAAUUAAUUUUCUCAUAAUCACUGACAAACCAAAAAGGAAACGUAUCGCAGAAGAAGAAGAAGAAGAAGAAGAUGAUGAUGAUGAUGAUGAUGAUACAGCUAUCCCAAGAAGUGUAUGGAGAGAAGCAGCUAAGACUGGGUGAAGAAAAUGGUCCUCAGAAUCCCUCUACGAAGAAGUACCAGCUUGACUCCGGACCACCAACCUGUGGUGGAGGUGCCCACCCCCACCCCACUGAAAAUGGAUGUAAAUGUGGUGGUUUUAGGGGGAGACAGCGUGGGAAAGUCAGCUUUGACAGUUCGCUUUCUCACCAGGCGAUUCAUUGGUGAAUACGGAGAGAUGGAGUCUCUCUACACUCACACGCUAGCAGCGGAAGGCAAGGAGUUUUUAUUCCACAUCUGGGACUUCCCUUGCUCACAGCUCCGAGCGGACGACGGCUCUUCCGAGGACAAGCGGAUCCAGUGGGCCGAUGGCUUCGUCUUGGUGUACAGCAUCUGCGACCGAGCCAGCUUCACUAGCCUGCAGCCCAAAGUCCAGUGCAUCAAGGCCGCCAGGGAAGGUGCCGGCCAAGACAAGGUGCCCAUUGCCAUUGUGGGCAACAAGAGGGACCUGCACCACCGGCGAGCCGUCUCAAGCGAAGAGGGUCGCCUCCUGGCGCUCUCCUUGGACUGUGAGUUCUACGAGGUGUCUGCGGCCGAAGCCUAUCACGGAGCGCUCAUGGUUUUCCACGGCCUGGCAGAACGCGUCUGCGAGGCCAAGCUGGCACUGAAAAAAGGCACGGGCAUCCGCAGCAUUGUCAAGAGUGUCUCUGCGGUGUUUGCUCGGAAGAGAACAGACUCGAUGUGAGCUGUCGCCAAGCUGCUGCUGGGAACUUAAUGGCGGGUGGCCACCAUCUGGGAGAGCGGCGCACGAUACCGCUCUCGUGUCAACAACUCUAUGUGGCGAUCUCUCGUCCAAGGCAGUCUGCAGACUGGCUCAGACCAUUAGGCAGUACAGCCGAUAGCUGGCGGGGGGGGGGGGAGAGCAGAAUUCAAGAGGCCCCAGCCAGUCGUCAAGGGGGACAAUAUGCAGCCCACCCACCUCAGAAUCUUGAGACAAAACAAUUUGUAGCUGAGAGGGGAGCAUUGUUUUGCCCAAGGUAAUUUUGCACGGGGUGAGCCGGCGUGGUUGUAGCAGCUAAGAGCAGCAGGCUCUAAUCUGGAGAACCGGGUUUGAUUUCCUACUUCUCCUCAUGAAGCUGCUGCGUGACCCUGGCCCAGUCACAGUUCUCUCAGAGCUCUCUCAGGCCCAGCGGAGGCAGGCUGUGGCAGCCCCCAGUAUGGUAAAGCGGUUAAGAGCGGCGGACUGUAAUCUGGAGAACCGGGUCUGAUUCCCCACCCCACCACAGGAAGCCUGUUGAGUGACCUCGGGCCAGUCACAGUUCUCUCAGAAUUCUCUCAGCCCACACAGAGGAAUCCAGGGCAGGGCAGGGCAGGGCAGGGAUGAAGAAAGUGCAAAGCACAAUCCCUCACCAUCCAAGAGAGCCAGUGUGGCGUAGUGGUUAAGAGCAGGUGGAUUCUAAUCUGGAGAACCGGGUUUGAUUCCCUGCUCUGCCGCUUGAGCAGCGGAGGCUUA